CACAGAAACCGCCACAAAAACACUACCUGACAACUCGACAUGUAAACAAAGCCACGUGGUCAGGUCAAAGAAAACUUCCUCUUUACAAGGCACACUAUACCAAACCUUUGCUGCCACAAUUAUUAUUGUUUGAGCCUCUAUUCAUAAAUUCAGAUGAUAUUCUUAAAAGAGCCUAUAAGUGUAUCAAGGCAGGCAAUCUGUAAUUUUCUACUGACCUCAAUGGAAGUAUACUAAUAUAUACUUGCAUUUUCAUGUACUAAACAACAGGCAAAUCCAUUUAAUGUAAAGAAAAUAUAAUUUUGUAUCAGAGACUUUAUUUUUGCGGUACGAUCACUAUCCUCGGGUACUUGGGCAGCGAGCAAACCAAAACACAGGACCAUGCUUACUCGACUACCCUGCACAAUGGAUACAUCACCGCCACAAUCAUGGACUACAACGGAAUUAAGAAAAUUCCUGAAAGAACGAGCUAUACCCUAUUCUGGAUAUAGUAAAGCAGUGCUGGUUGGCAUGGUCGAGAAGGCCAUCGCUAAUCCAGGCAUCACGGAAAUCACACAGCCCAGUGAUGUUGUGGUAGCUGGUAUUACAAGAAAAACAGUUUCCGUAAACGGAAAUGUAAUCUUAUUUCCCGAUCCACGUGUCAUAACCUCAUGGGAAAAAGACUUAACAUCCCUACCUCACCUGACGUCAGCCAAAUGCUUGGUGUAUCUCCUUUCUAAGGGAGGGUGGUCCUCAGAACGGGCUAUAUCAUAUGAAAAAGAAAGGGGAUAUCAGCUCUUCAUGGAGUCACACAUUGAUGAAGUAGAACUGAAUCAAGAAGACCACAACAUGACAUAUGUAUGGGCCUUGUGCAGGAGGCAGACUGCACAGUCUGAAAAGCCAUACCAAGUGUGGCUUUUACUGAACACCACUGGAACGAUUGAGACUGCUGGCUGCCAAUGCAUAGGAGAUGAUGGAAGUUGCAAGCACGUUGUGGCUCUAAUGUUUGCCAUAGAAGACUUUGUGUCACGUAGAGGGGAUCAUGCUUCAGCACCAACCUGCACUGAUCUUCCAUGUAUGUGGAACAAGCCUCGUCGCAACACCAAACAAAUAAAGGCAGUCGAUCUAGAUCACAGGUAUGUUGUAAUAGCACUAGUUUCCUAAGGCUGGUUCAUGAGCACAGAUCUUGAAGAAUUUGGGUUCAAGGAAGGUAUAGGAUAGGUAGCAUCAAACUGGUUAGGCAAAUUAACUUCGUGAAAAAUUUCAUCGUAAGCCACACUCCUUCAUAGAAUGGAUCAUAGAGAUCAUUGUACUCUAUGCGAACAUAUUAUGCUUUUUAAUCACCUAAUAUUGAUCUAUAUCAAUGAAAUUUUAACAUGGUACAUCUGCAUACUCUAAAUUAGUCUCUUAGUUGCCUAUGGGACUGAUGCUGCAUAUCCUAUACUUUCCUAGUCUGCGUUGGUGUCAGCAUACUUUGCAACCAUGAUUAAAAGUAGGCAAUGGUAUUAUUGAAAUAUAAUGUGUCUUCAACUCUCAUAUUAUCUAGGUUAUAAGAGUUUAAUCAAAUGUAUUUUUUGUUUUAAAGUGGUCAACCCAGCACCAUCUCUGUGGUCCGUCCCAGGUUUGGAUAUAACAAUUUCUUUCAGAAUGUGGUAUUCUCAGAGCUAAGCCACUACAUGUCAUCGCUGUGCCAUGUAGUCAAGCAAAAUGGGCUAUUUUAUUUAUUUUUUUUUAAUCCUAUGUGCAUACCGUUACCACUUCCGAGAAAGAAUUAUGUAGAAAAGUGUAUUCUAGUUCGUAUUUGCAUCUUAAUGUAUAUAGAAUGAGAUUCUAGGCAAAUUUGUUAUUGUUCCCUGUGUGAUGAAGAACCUCAUGCCUGGUGCUGCCACACAGCGACACCUACUAGUUUACUGAAUGCCCUAUUCUCAUAGCUUGCCCUUGAGUUAAUGUUUGUUAUUAUGCAUGUAAGGCACAGAGGUCUGAAAGGAGUUGCUUUACAUUUAAUGUUUGGAAGCAAGUUUGCUGCAUGUCUUCAGUAUUUUAUUUUCUUCUGUCAAUAAGUCUAGUGAAUCUUUAUGGCAUUCAGCACUACUAGCUUAUCAGUACAUCCACUGUCUUACUUUUUGGUACUCAUAGCUCUGAAAUUCAACAUUGUGAGCUUUCAUACAUAAUAUAGUCUAUUGUUAGUUAGCAGCACGUUUUUUCUCCGUCCCUGGAGAUAACUCACUUGCCUUGGCAUAAAUGUUUCAAUGCAUUUCAUGAUUUGCAGGAUGGACACCUCUACAACAUGUUCAAUAACCCCUCGUUCAGAACAUUACAGAGCCUGUAGCUUUGUCCCUAACUUCAACCCAGGGGAAAGUUUUCAUGCGUUUAUGGCUCAACAUGCUUCACGAAAGUGUUAUGAACAAGUGCUUUUCCCUGAUAGAUUGAACAGGCAGCUACCCACAAUCACUGAACUUGCAGGGGAAUUUAGUAAAUCAAGGUCUGCAUUGCCAUUUGUUGAUUUUGUUAAGCAACAUUUAGGUAAUGCAGAUAUGGAUUUCAUACAAUCAAAAACACAUGCCCAGUACAAAUCACGUAUGUGGAAAGAUCAGAGAGUUGGUGCCUUGACAUCAACAACUUUUCAUAAGGCAGUACACUACAGGGACAGUGAAAGUAACAAUUACAUAGUAAAUGAAAUAAUGGGACUCUCAGGCUUUCAAGGUAAUUUGAGUACCAAAUAUGGUAAGGAAACAGAGCCCAUAGCAAAGAAGCUUUACAUAAAAGAAAUGAGAAAGAAACACAAACAAUUUAAAUUUGUAGGGUGUGGACUUUUUAUAAAUAAAGACAAUCCACUAUUCCGAGCAACUCCUGAUGGCAUUGUCAGUUGUAAAUGUUGUGGCAAGGGGUUAUUAGAAAUAAAGUGCUCCCAUAAAUACAGAUUGCAUACUGGGAGGGAAAUAGCUAUAUCUAAUACCUACCAUGUAACCCUUGGAGAAAAGAACAGCAUUGUACUAAAAAAUUCCUCUCCUUGGUACACACAAAUCCAAGCCCAUUUAGGUGUUGCUGAGAUGGAGUGGUGUGAUUUUGUAAUGUUCAUACAAAAAAGUCCGCAUUUAACAGUGCAGAGGAUUUAUCUUGAUAAAAGUCUCUUUGAUAGCAGUGCAGAAAUUGCCAUGGAUUUUUAUUAUAAAUAUGUCUUGCCAAAUCUCCUGAACUCAAAAGAAACUCCAGAGGCAAGUAAUAUUUAAGAGGUCUUCAUAAUGACUGCAUAUUUGUUUCUGCCUGGUGUGGUUGUUUUGUAUAUAGUUAUUUGUACAGUUUGUUAUUUGCUUAUAAUGUGUAAGUUUUUUUUUUCUUAAUGCUACUUUCAUUUGUAUUGUUUGUAUAUAAUAUAUUGUAAAUUUCUUUUCAGGAAUAAAGUCUGUGUUCUUGAUUUUCAGAAAUUAUUUACCAUACCACAAUGAUUCAGACACGUUUAUUAAUAAAUAAUUAUAAGAAA